AUGAGCAAGCAAAAAUCGUCAACAUUCUUUCGGAGUGCAAGUGAAAUGGUUCGACGUACACUCUGUGGUGUUAUUGAAAGUUCAAAUGAUCAAUGUAUUAUCGAUGUUGAUGAUAUUGUUAUUAUUACUCUGUGCGACAUAACACAAUGGGAUUGGACUCGCAUCGAUUUUCCACAUAUUCCAUUUCGAUAUAUUGUAUCGGAUAUUAAAUUAGAUGAUUGUACGCAUUUUCCAAUACCAUUUACACUUUAUUAUCAGGAUGUCGAAAUUGAUGAAAAUCUUUGUUAUGGUAUACGAUGUGAUGUAUUAAAUAAAUCGAAAGAUAUUAAAUAUAGUUCACAUCGAUUUAUUCCUGUAUUAACUGAACAACAUCCAAAAACCAAUGUACAUAUUAUUGUUAGUCCAAAAAAUAGUUUAUGA